UCAAAAUCCCUACAUAAGGAGCAUUCUCCUAUUAUUUAAUUUCCAUAUAUUGCUAAUUCUGCAUAUCUAAUCAGAAUAUAGUGCUUAAAUGUGUUUCGAAUCAAAAAUACAAAUAUUUGUGCUAUAUAGUUAGAUAGAAUAUUGCAUCUGUUGUUAUUUGGAAAUAGUAGCUUUGCAUAAUGCAUUCGUGGUCUUCCCUUGUGCUUGUUGUAAGUCUAGCAAUUGGUGCUUGGUCUUGGACACACUGCCCUCGUGUUUGUCCAAUUGUUCAAAUAAGAGAAGAUUAUGACAAAUGGUGGCCGCAUUUGGUUCAGUUAGGCCCCGAUUUGUGGCACGAUUACGGAUGGUGGUACCGCAGCUAUUUAUACCAUGCGGUCGAUGAUGGCUAUUGUGUGGUAUUCCAAACUUUUUGUGAGGUGGAACUGACCAACUGUUUGCGGUCUUCACGGGGCGAGAACACGCCGCUCAACUUAAUUCAUGAGUGGGAUUGUAAAAUAAAAGGCAAGUUUCGUUCCAACUUUCAAACUUACAAUUUCGAGUGAUACCGAAAUGCAAUCAACAUUCUGCAACAUGACUAUAUAUUUUAAUUUUGAUGCUUUAAUGUAUUGCGAAUCGAAUUAAAAUGAACUUGAAUCGAUCAUAAUUAGC